GCAGAGGAAACAGAAAAACUAAAUUAAGAUGGAGAAAGAUUCAGGAAUAGGCUGGACAACACUUGUCAUCUAAUUCAAAUACUUCAAUAAUCCAGGGCAAACAAAAUACACUACACUGAUCCUGAUUACUGCGUGACCAGUCCUCUACUGUUGUCAUGUUAAUUCUCGCUGUUAUCACGGGAAUUAUAAUAUGGCGGAUCGUAAUCUACUGCCAACAGGACAAGGAGGAAGAAACUCAGCCCGUGUCCAUGAAGAAGAAGCUGAAGCAGACGGUGGUCAAGUACAAAGUCUACAUUGCCAUCGGUAGCUUCAUCUCUUCUAUCAUUGGGGGCCUCUGGAUCUACUUCAUGUACAUACAUCCACUCCUGGGCCAUAAAAUCUCCUUCCACCUGGAGGCCCACUGGGAGAUUGGUCCACGAGAAUCAUGGGCAGCCCACUUUGAGAUGCUGACAAUGUCCAAGAAGGAACCAGAACCCAAGCCUUGCCCACACUUCUCCCGGGAAAACUUCAUACACAUAAUAAAAACCUUUAACAAUAUUUCCUCAGACGGAUCUUUACAUAAGAUACUGGAGAAAAUUCAGAUUUCAAGGCCACCUGGCGUGCCUGGAAUGUAUGAUGAUAGCAAAAGCUAUCCUGUGAUAAUCUUAGAAACCUCAGUCUAUAAUUACCAAACUGUCCGACGAUUUAUACGGAACAGAGAACAGGUCCUUAUACAGAAAUUCCCCAAUGUGAAGCUCCUGGUCUACGACAUGGGGCUGACAUUUCAACAGAAGUACAAGCUGCUGAACUGCAGCCAAUGCGAGAUCGUGGAGAACCUGCCAGAGAUCAGAGCACACUACUGGACCCCCAUCCUGAUAUAUCUGUCCCUCCAGAGGUUUAACUCUGUUGUGUGGUUAGACCCUGCAUCAGACCUGGACAACAAAACCCUACAGAAAAUCCUAGAGAAAACUGAAACAGAGGAAAUUCAGAUCGUGCUCAAAAAUGAUCCUCCAAGAAAAUGGUCUGAAUCACAGAUUCUCAAAACUCUGACCAAUCAGCAGGAAGACCAUUCAUUUGACAUUUUACUGAAGGAUGAUAGGAUUGAAAACCUAGAAAGUUACAGGACAGAGGAAAUUCUACCUGAAUCUCAGGUGGCCCUUCUUCAGGAUAAGCUGUCUUACAGAAGCAAUCAAGCGUGUCUGAAUUUAGUGCCAAACAUUCAAUCUGACCUCAUUUCAAUCAAGCAGAACAAUUUUACCAUGGAGGCAAUUGUGCGACCCUGGGUGUUCUGUGCCCUAUCAGGUCAAUGUGUAACUCAUGACAACUGUCGGCCAUUUUAUUCUUACAAUUAUAGGAAACAUGGACACUGUGACCAAACUGAUCACAUUCUUAAGAGGAUCUUAUUGUCUCUGUUUAAUGAAAUGUUUGCUAAUUUUUAUUACAACAUGUGACUUUACAAAUGAAAGGUGGUGAAAUGUGUUUAUAUGAUGUACGUAACUAUUUAUUUAAUAUUUAUUGAACACAGUUUUUUUAUUGAAUUUGUUUCAUUAUUUAAAAUAAUUUUAUUUUAUCUAAUUUUAUUUUUAAAAAAAGAUAAAAGGCUCUUUUUUCAGUAAAUGCUGAAAAAAAAAAACAAAGAAAAAAAAAACAACAAAACAUGGAAACAAUAACUGUUCCUGAAGAAUAGAUUAUACAAACUUUUUUUUUCAAAUAACAUUUAUAAAUUUAAAAUAACCAAAUCUAUGUUUAUAAAAAGUACAAUGGAUAAG